AUGAUUGAACGUACGCACCUGAAUAUUGCACAGACAGUCGGAGUCCUUGAUGUGAAACCCACAGAGCUCAAAGAACAGAUCAAAUCUCACCUCAUCUCCGAGCGUGCUGGCAAGUGGCUUCUAAUUUUCGAUAAUGCAGAUGGUAUGAACAUGCGGCUAUUAGCUGGUGACGCAACCCUGGCUCUCCAGAACUUUCUACCUCAGAGCGAACAAGGCCACAUUCUGUUCAACACCCGGAACACAGAAAUUGCGGUGGAGCUAUUAUUAUCCAAUAUCAUUCCUAUUCCAGAGUAG